AUGAAGCUUCACCACUCCUUACCAGCGUUUCUAACCCUCCUCACCCCCCUAACAACAGCAAAAUGCACACUCUCACCCCACGCCCAAGAUCUCUUCAACUACUCCAUGUCAAUCAACGAUCCCCGCUUCGACACCUCCUACAAAUUCAUCAGUUACCCGGAUAAAGGGCCCUGGAGCACCCGUUUUACGUGUUGGUAUGUAGCAGGGUUGUUACAGAGGAAUGACGUUGAGGAUUUGGAGAAUGCGAAGGGAGCGCUGGAGGGGAUUUUGGGGACGCAGUAUACGAAUGAGGAGGAUUAUGGGGAGGUGUGGUAUGGGACUUGGAAGUUGUCGCCGGAUCAGCCGACUCCUACACCGGAUUCGGAACUGUAUCCGCCUUCUAUUUAUAACACAUACGACCCGAAUUGGCGCGAGUUCAUCGGCACUCAGCUGGUCCAGAUCGUCGAAGAAUUUUCAGAUCUGAUCGGUGAAAAUCUCGUUUCUAGAAUUGUGAAAGCCAUGGAAAUACAAGCAAUCGGCGCCAUGCGUCGAAACGGUACCGAAGGAGACAAUCUCGUCACAGCAUAUACAAAUCCAGCUUUGAUGCGAGCCCUCACUGUAGGUUGGGUAGGCGUCAGAACGCAGAACCAAACCUACACCGACUUUGCUAAUAACGAAGGAGAAAUGAUAACUCAACUUUUCAGAGAAAGCGGAAACGCGUUUAGCGAAUACAACGCACUCACUUACUACGGGGAAGAUAUUUGGGCAUUAGCAGCAUCCAUAAAAUACGGGCCUGCAAACCAAACACUCACAAAGAACGCUCCGUUCAUGCUAGGUGCACUCUGGGACGACAUCGCCGAACAUUACAACGCCUACCUCGGAAACUUCGUAGGCCCAUACGAUCGAGCAAACAGCCGCGACCUGACGCAACACAGCGCCAUCCUCCCCCUCUGGUUCUGGGGCCUAUUCGGCUACGAGAACGCGCCUGAACCAAAUAAAAUGGAACUCGACUUACUGUUCGACGCAACACAAGGCGCAUCCUUCGCCUUAGUAAUGGAAACAAUUAAAUCUCAUAUUAACCCACAAACACUCGCAAAAAUCCUCACACCCCCCACCUCAACAGAAGAACGCUUUCUCACAAAAACCCUCCGCGAAAGCCUCUACAACGACACCACACGCACCACCACCUCCUACCUAUCCCGCAACCUCAUGAUCGGCGGCCAACAAUUCGCCGAAGAAGUCGUCCGUGGAAAACAAUUCGUGCCGGUCAUCGUGCAUUGGGCUGCUGAUCCGAAUCAUAUGCCGUUUCCGUAUAUUGGAUUCUUUAGUUUGUAUCCGACUGCGACGACGAUUGAUGCUGUUGCGAGUAAAAAUGGAUUGAGUAUUAGGUACCCGAAUACCACGCAGCCGGGCACUGAUCGGUUUGAGUUUAUGCUGAGUGGGAUACCGCCGGGGUGGAAUCUUGAGGGGAAUGUGGUGGAUGGUUUUGAGAGGUUGCCGUGUUUGGAUGUGAAUGUGACGGCGAGGGGGUUGAGGAGGUUGCCGACGAGGUAUGGAGAGGCGAUUUAUAAUCAGCUGUAUUAUAAUGUUACAUAUGUCGCUGAAGGAAACUUUACGGGCGUACCGGAGAUUGAGUUGGGGUUCAUGUAUACUUGUUAG